CAAUGUCCACAUUCUUUAAUCUUCAUAAGUCCAAAACAGCUCCCUCAAGAUGUUGAAUUUAAUGGUUAAAAUGUCAAAAUGCUUUUAAAAGUCAGGCUGCUACAGGGCUAAGAAAUAGAAAACUCCUUCGAACUUCCCUUCAAUUAUUAAAGCUAUGAAGUGGCCAGUAUUGUAAUUGGCCCACGUUGACUAUUCAUAAAAGGAGAAAAUGUUCAUCAUAACCGGCACUGAACCAGACAAUGGAAAGACUUAAAGGAUUGACACAGAAACCACCUCUUCAAUAGAGCAGAAAUUGAAUAAAAUUGAUCAGAUCAGAUACACAAGCAGAAAAGGAAGCUCAAAAAGAGAGAAACAUGGGAGUGGUUGGUUGCAGCAACGAUGGAUACCUGAAUGAUGCCAAGUUCAGCGAGCCCAUGCCAUGGAUUGGCAUCUACAUAGCCACAGCCUCUUUGGUCUGCCUCUUAGCAAUGGCUGCCGAUCUUGUCCACGGCUUUCGCCACAGAAAAUUCUGGUUCCCUUGUAAGUUCUUCACUCUUAACUCUACUUCUCUAACCCUGAUAGCUGUGGCCAUCAAACUCUCUGUGGAUCUCAACACCUCCAUGCCUGGCAGAGAGGAUCAGCUUGCAAAGCUAAGUAGUGCUGUGUUGAUGUGCACUAUCAUGGCUAAUUGUAUGCCUUCUCUUGGAUCUAUGGAGAAUCAGGAAAUCUUUAUGAACAUUAUGGCUCUGGGGAUUCUUGUUAUUACUCUCAUCAUAAACGUCUGUAUGGAGAUGGGAACUGGAGUGAUCUAUGUUUAUAUGAAAGAACAGGUUUCCAUUCUAAUCUUGAUGCUUGUUUUGCUUGGCAUCUUGAGUUUUUCUGCUUUAGUUGUUCCAUCAACUAAAAGCUACCUGGAAAUGAAGUAUAGCCUACGACAUGAAUUAGCAUCAAAAGAGUGCAAAGCAAAUGAAAAAGAAGGCAAAAUAGCGGUUGAAAGACUCAAAGAGGGUAUGAUAAAAUAUUGGAUGAUGGCUCAAACCUGCAGCCCACAGUUUGUGAUGGGUCGGUCCGCUACAUGUACUGCUUCUGGGGCAAUCUGCCUUCUUAGUGCUGGAAUUUUAGCAGAGGCCAUUCUUACAUCUUACUUAACGAAGAAAUCCUUUAAGUUCUGCAAUGGCCAGUCGGAUUAUAAAUGGUCAAUCAGUUUUAUCCUCGUGAUACAGUGUGUUGCAGUGGUAGUAGGGACUAUUGCCCCAGCAAUCAGAUGGUUUGCAGCCAUAAAAUUCAGGCGUCCAAAGCUGGGAAAAGAGGGCUACAAGAAGGAAUUCACAUUAGAAAACUAUUGGAUCCAAUAUCUGGUAGAGAUGAAGCAGUGUCCAUUAAACAUCAAAGUUAAAAACAGAAGAUGUAGAAAGCUUGUUCAUAGUACAAAAAACAAAUUUCUGGACGGAUGUAUUAUCCUACAAACAACCAUAGUGUUCACAAGUAAAGUAAUUCGACUCAUAUCCAUUUUCCUUGUCGGAGGAAUCUUCUCAUUCUGUGAUUGUUUCAAAAGUUUGAAAAACAAGUUAUGUUUUAAAGACACAAUUUCUAUGAACAGUUCUGGGUCAGAGGUAGAUACUGAUUCAAAGAUGGAUCUCAGUCGUUUUGUUCUGUAUCUUGAAGGUGAAGAUGAUCUAGUUCAUCUCAUGAUUGCAAACAAUUAUCAUGCCACACAUCACUGGAUUCAGAAAGGGCAGAAGAAAAAACCUAAGAUUCUCAUUCACCUGCUGGAAGGAACUAUUAUGUCACGAGGUUUCAAGGGAGUGGCAGAGUUUGACAAUCUUCAAGUUCCAUGUCUUGAUUCCCAACAGCCCCAAAAUAGCUGGAUGCUCCCUGUGGUGACAUUAACAGUCAUAGCAACUUCUCUUCCAAACAUGAAUCGUAGAUUAAUCAAACACUUGUUACGCGCAGUAAACGAAGGUCUCAAAUACAUACGACUCAUCGAAGAUCACCUCGACACCAAAGGGGAUUUCAUAAACCUAAAGAAAGCAGCCGAAAUCGUUUGGCUAGGGAUCGAUCUACACCAUAAAUGGCUGGACAUAGACAUCCACAAAAUUUCACAUCAUAAAGAAAGUCCAAAGGAAGUUCUCGAACAGCUUUCAAAUUGUGCAAAGAAAAUCUACUCGGCAGAGAAGAAGACAAAUCAACAUCUAUGCUUGAAGCUAAGUCCUUCAAAAUGGCCGAUCAAGGUACUGGCUGCGAACUGUAUGUACAGAAUAAGUGAAUCGAUGCUACUAAAAUAUGAAAAGAAAUACGGGCACUCAAGUGAGCAAUUGUUCACAGAAAUCGAAGCCAUUAUCGGUGCCAUUGUGGGAGCGUGUCUGACAAAUUUGGAGAAAGUGAUAUCAACGAAGUGUUCGAACAGUGCGAUUGAAAAACGAGAGAAGAGUGUGAGAAAAGCAGCUAACAUUCUUGGGAAAACGGGGAACAUUUUGAAACUGGUUGAGAAGACGACGCUUCCUGCGCUUGAUCCGCAUCAAAUGGAGAGCAUUGAAGAAUGGCGAUUGUUCUACAAGCUAGAGAUCUAGCUCUGCUGAAAAGUGAAGCUGCCAUAACAAUAUUGUUUGAAUUAGUUCCAAAUAUAAACCAAAAUGUUCAUACUAUAAAUGCAAAAGGUAGGGACAUUUUUAGACCA